GAACUUGGCCUGUUGAGUUAUUUAAUUGACCCUGUUGGAAUUUUGUAUAAAUAUCUUGGUAGACAAUGUGGUCAAGAGAUGUAUGCAACUGGAACACCAAAAUUUAAAUUUCGAUUUAUGGAAUUUAUUAAAAAUUAG